UUAGAUUUGUGGAAGCGAUGAGCGAGGAAGAUUCUCUAGUUGCCGGCUCCAGUAGUGGCGUGGAAAUCCAGUCGAAGGAUCGACUGCGAGUGUUGUGUAUUCAUGGAUAUCGACAAAAUGAAUUUAGCUUUCGCAGCAAAUUGGGAUCUUUCAGGAAAUACGUGGACAAGUAUGCGGAAUUUGUUUUCAUCACAGCUCCUCACCAGGCGCCUCCGUUCCCAGGCGAGGAGGACAAGCCGGUAAAUGAGAACCAGAAAAGCUGGUGGUUCAACAAGCCUGAUGGAUCAUUCCGAGGAAUUUACAAAGGCGGCCCAGUGGUUGGCUUCGAGGAGAGUUUGCGACUUGUGGAGAAGACUUGGGAGGAGCAGGGACCCUUUCACGGUAUUCUGGGCUUCUCACAAGGCGGCUGUUUUGUGGGGCUCCUGUGCCACCUGGCAGAACGUGGUAUGAUCACAACGCUGAAGCCCCAAUUUGCAGUCAUCGCCUCAGGAUUUCGUUCGCUGAGUCUCGCCCAUCUUAACUACUAUGAGAAUACUGUGAAGAUUCCGUCCUUGCACAUUUACGGAGAGAAUGACGACAUCAUUCCCACAGAAAUGAGUGAAACGCUGGCUUCGGGCUUCGAGAACAAGAUUGUGGUGACUCAUGCUGGCGGACACUACUUCCCUGCAACAGCUGCUCAGAAGAUGCACUACGUGGACUUCUUCAGAGAUCGCCUUCAGACGCAUUUGGAAGCACUUGAGCUUGAGAAUCACUAGUA